AUGGUGAGCAUGCAACUUCUGGCAUCGUCAGCACCCCCAGCUGCAGAGCCGACAGAGGAUUUGAAAGCAUUCGAGCGUCGACUACGAGAGAUCGUGGAUGGACUGCGACCUAGGGCUAAGCUAUGGCGAAUCAUAUUGCUGGCAGCAACUGUAUUCUGGCUUUCCGCAACCUACCUGUGGCUCACCGACCCCCUCACAUACCAGGUAAAUUUUAUCACCUCGUUGGGCAAGCAUCCGUGUUUUGCGGUGAGCACGUGCCUCAUGAUUGGUCUGUUCUUAGUUGGGGCGCACAAGAAGGUCGUGCUGCCGAGUAUAAUAGCUCAGCGCUGUCGUACGGUUCUUGCCGAGUACAAUAUGACCUGUGACAACUCGGGAAAACUCAUUCUGCUACCGAGGCCGAACUGA